UCUACCCCCGGGUUCAACGCCCUUAAUCCCCCCCCCAUUGCUGGAAAACUAAUCUGAUUACAAAACGUCAUAUCAACCAACCAGGAAGACUAAGCAAAAGAAGACCGAGUGUCGCCAUAAUGUGCGGAAGAUAUGCCCUGGCUUUGCGCCCGUCGCAAAUUCGACGCAUGCUGGAGCAAGAACACAUGCCCGUCGACGAUGCACCAGAGGACGAGGGGCAGGGCUCUCCUCGACAGACGUACAACUUUGCGCCGGGUUACCACGGCGUCGUCUAUCGCGCCGACGUACCGGAUCGUGGUGCGGGGCAUCGCAGCGAGCACAAGGGAGACGACGAACAGGACAAGACAGCCACGACGGCAGGAGCCACCGCAUCGGAACCGCCCCGUGAGGAUGGCAAGAUCAGGUACAAGAUGCAAUCAAUGCAGUGGGGGUUGAUUCCCUUCUGGACCAAGCGCGACCCAGGUUACUCGACGCUCUCCAAGACGAUCAACUGCCGCGACGAUUCCCUCAGCACGCCCGGCGGCAUGUGGUCGACGAUGAAGGCGGGAAAGAGGUGCAUCAUCGUCGCCCAGGGCUUCUACGAGUGGCUCAAGAACGGCAAGGAGAAGAUGCCGCAUUUCGUCAAGCGCAAAGACGGCCAGCUCAUGUGCUUCGCUGGCCUGUGGGACUGUGUCCAGUAUGAGGAUGCCGACUUCAAACGAUACACAUACACCAUCAUCACGACGGACUCCAACAAGCAGCUCAAGUUUCUCCACGACAGAAUGCCAGUCAUCCUCAACCCCGGCUCCAAGGAGAUCAGGACCUGGCUGGACCCCAAACGGCACGAGUGGUCCAAAGAACUGCAAGACCUCCUGAAGCCCUUUGACGGCGAGCUCGACUGCUACCCCGUCAGCAAGGAGGUCGGCAAGGUCGGCAACAACUCUCCGUCCUUCAUCAUACCCGUCGCAAGCAAGGAAAACAAGUCCAACAUUGCCAACUUCUUUGCCAACGCAUCCGCCAAACAAAAGCCCAAGGAGGAGUCCAGGGCCGAACACGUGGUUGAGACUAACGUAGAGGUGGAACACUCCAAAGAGGACAAGAAGCAGCCGGUGCCAGACAUCGUCGCCGAAGCGGCUGCAGACGCAGACGGCCAGGUCACCAAGGCAGGGAUCAAGCGGGAGGCUGCCGAGUCCAGCUUGGACGAGGAGCCGCCGAGGAAGUUGCCUUCGAAGACGAGACAGAGCAGGACCAGCGCGACGAGCAACGGGAGUAAAAGCCCUGUCAAGCCGAGGGAUGGGACGCAGAAGAUUACAAAGUUCUUCGCCAACAGCGUGUGAGUGUGACACUACGUCCGGAGUUUAGGAGGUUGGCUCGGUAGAAUGAAGGGACGACGGCAAAUUAUGGAUAAUGUUUGAUGAUUUGGGCGUUUCUGGGCAAUGGGUGAAUAUUGGGAUAGGCAGGUUCUUGCGAGGCGCCUGGUAGUGAAUCAAGAAUAGGGCGAUGGUAGUCUUGCGUUGUGGUUCCGCGAUCAUUCCAUUGGUUGCUUUGCCGCCGUUACUGGUUAUCCUGAACACGACACUCGUGGAAGAUCACAAGCCCAAAAAGUUGAGAUGGCGUUGCUCUGACACGGAAAGAGAAGAAAGUGUGUUGAGGCAUGCCAACCUAGCCCCAGGAGGGAGGAUAAAAACAGACAAAAGGGACCGACGCGAGGAUCGAACCCAGCACCCCCCCCCCCCUCCAAUUUUCUCC